AUGGAGGGUGUGGUGAUUAGAUACCGGACUGUGGAGGUGAACGGCAUAUCGAUGCACGUGGCGGAAGCCGGCCCCGAGGUGGACGCCAAGGGGGCGGUGUUGUUCCUGCACGGCUUCCCGGAGCUGUGGUACUCGUGGCGCCAUCAGAUGGACCACUUGGGGGCUUGUGGUUACCGUUGCGUCGCGCCUGACCUCCGUGGCUAUGGUGGCAGCACUGCACCACCGGAUGUGGCCUCUUACACAGCCUUUCACAUAGUUGGUGAUCUUGUUGCGCUCCUCGACACCUUAGGGCUUGCGAAGGUGUUUGUGGUCCGGCAUGACUGGGGCGCGCUCAUCGCGUGGUACCUGUGCCUCUUCCGUCCGGAGUGUGUGACGGCACUCGUCAACACCAGCGUCGCCUUCAUGCGCCAUAUCAUGAUCCGCAAUGGGCCCGACUUCGUGAAUCCCAUCGAGUACUUCAACCGCGCAUACGGCCCCAACUACUACAAGUGCCGCUUCCAAGAGCCAGGUGUUGCGGAGAAGCAAUUCGCCCCGGCGCACGCCAAGCGCCUGAUGAGGCAAAUGUUGUGCCAUUGCUUUAGCCACGGCGUGUUCUGUGAUGAGGAGAUGGAUGACAACAAGUACCCAACAUCACCGCUUCUGCCUUGGCUCACCGAGGCAGACAUUGACUAUUUUGUCAACUACUAUCGCAAGUUUGACAAGAACUGCGAGCUGGUGGCACCGUGGGCAGAUGCCAAAGUGCAGGUGCCGACCAAGUACAUUGUGGGCGACGGUGACAUCACGUACAACUUUGAGGGGAUCCAGGAUUACAUCCAUGGUGGUGGGUUUAAGGAGGAUGUUCCGCUCCUAGAUGAGGUGGUCAUCAUCCCCGGCGCUGGCCACUUUAUCCAGCAGGAGAGGGCCCAGGAGGUCAACAACCAUAUCUAUGACUUCAUCAUCAAGUUCUGA